AUGCUGCCGCGCCAGAUAGUGAAGCUGGCGGCGCUCCUCAGCCUGCUCCUCGGCUCCCGCGCGCACGUACUGACACUCUCCUCUCUUUGGACAGAACUGCCCAGACCUCCUUCUGUGUGGUUUGAAGCAGAGUUUUUCCACCAUGUCCUCUACUGGACACCCAUCCCAAAUUCGUCUGAAAGUACCUAUUAUGAAGUGGAGCUCCUGAGGUAUGGAAUAGAGCCCACCUCCUGGAAGCGCAUCCUGAGCUGUAGCCAGAUGCUGGUGAUGUCCUGUGAUGUCACCAUGGAGACCCUGGACCUGUACCGCAGCAACGGUUACCGAGCCAGAGUCCGGGCAGUGGACGGAAGCCAGCAUUCCAACUGGACCUUUCCUGAAACCCGCUUCUCCGUGGAUGAAGUGACUCUGACGGUUGCCAGCGUGAAGCUGGAGGUGCACAACGGUAACAUCGUGGGGGCCAUCCAGCUCCCCAGGCCCGAGGUGGCCCCUGAAGGUGACACGUAUGAAAACAUCUUCCACAACUUCCGGGAGUACCAGAUUGAGGUUCGCAAGGUGCCAGGACACUACGAGGCCCAUGGCAAGGUCAAAAAUGAAAGCUUCAAACUCCCAGUCCCGAGAGGGGUGGGAGAGUUCUGUGUCAGGGUGAAACCAUCUGUCAUCUCCCGAGUGAACAAGGAGGUCUGGUCCAAGGAAGAGUGCAUCUUGCUCACCUCGCAGUAUUUCACAGUGACCAACCUCAGCAUCUUUUUCACCUUCGUCCUGCUACUCUAUGGAGCCUUGGCCUUCUGUCUGACCUUCCAGUUAUAUCUGCGGCGCCGGGGGAAGCUGCCUGCUGUCCUGGUCUUCAAGAAGCCCAGUCCCUUCAGCCUCAUCAGCCAGUUUUCCCACCCAGAGACCCAAGAUACCAUCCACACCCUGGACGAGGAGGCCUUCCCCAAGGUGACUCCAGAGCUGAGGAACUCAGAUGUGCACGGCAGCACUGACAGUGGCUUUGACAGUGCCAAGCCAUCACUGCAGACUGAUGAGCCCCAGUUCCUCCUCCCUGCCUCCGACCCCCAGGCCGGGGGGACUCUGAAAAAGGGGAUGCCCCAGGAGUUGGAGAACAGCUGCGGUAGUGGAGGCAGCAGCAACAGUGCAGACAGUGGGAUCUGCUUGCCAGAUCCCCGCCUAUGUCCUGGCGCGGAGCCCAGCUGGGAGCUGCAGGUGGGGAGCGACAGCCGGGACCGGGAGGACAGUGGCAUUGGCCUGGUGCAGAACUCUAGGGGACAGCCUGAGCAUGCUCAGGGUAACGCAGCUUUGGGCCAUGUGAGUCCCCUGGGACCUGAGGAGCCUGCAGAAGAAGACCCAGGGGCAGGGGCCUUCCAGGGCUACCUGAAACAGACGCAGUGUCCAGAGGAGAAGGCAGCCCAGGCAGGCGGCCUGGAAGAAGAGUCUUCCUCAACAGAGUGCCUUGACCCCCAGUUCAGGACGUGCCUGGAUACUGAGGCGGGCUGGCCUCUACCAGCCCUGGCCAAGGGCUAUGUGCAACAGGACCCCCCUGAAAUGACUCUUGCUCCUUCACAGACUCCUGCAGGACAGUGGGACCGACCAACUGAGGACUGGUCACUCCUGGGCUUGACCAGCUGUGGCAACCUCGGCACAUCUGACUGGAGCUUUACCCAUGAUCUUGCACCUCUGGAUUGUGUGCCGGCCCCAGGCGGUCUCCUGGGCAGUUUUGACUCAGACCUGGUCACCCUGCCACUGAUCACCAGCCUGCAGUCAAAUGAGUGA